CCUUUUUUACGUCUGUGCAGGUGCAGCUCACUUCAUCUCUUCUCCAACACACGUUGUCCAAUCUUCUUGGUGUUGGCCAUGAAGGAGUGUUGUGUCUUCAGAGUGAUCCUGCUGUUCUUCACGCUUCCAGAGAUCUUCGUCACACAGCGUCUUGUUACUCAGUGGCCCAACUCUCAGGAAGCCAUGGAAGGAGCUGAAGUCACGCUACACUGCAACGUAACGGGAAACUACAAUAACAUGAAGUGGUCCCUGUGGGAUGAUCCCAGUGAAAUCCAUGUCCUCUCAACCAGGCCAAAAGAUAAAAAGAAGAACAACCCUCGAGUAAACUGGUUACAGCAAAACCCAAAGGACGACUUCAGCAUACGCAUCACCAACGUCACUGUAAAGGACUCGGGCGUGUAUUACUGUGUGGCACAUGGCACCCUGCUCACUUGGUCUGGAAAUGGAACUCUUCUGAAAGUCAAAGGAAAGGGCAUUACUAUCACUGGGCCUCCUGGACGAGUGAAGGUGGGUGACAUCAUGAACUUAGCUUGCAUGGUCCAUGGCUUUGAUACCGUUACAUUCGAGUGGCUGAAGAACAGUGAGGCCAUUCCUCAGACGCACUCGACCACAAUCCGAAAUGGAACGGAACACGUGAGUCGCCUGUCUCUGCGAACUGAAAAGGAAGACAUUAGGUCGGUCAUCCAGUGUGUUACGUUCGGAAAUGAAGGAAGAAAACUGUCUGCAAUGUUCAACCUGAGCUCCAUUAUGACAGUGAUGCCACAGUUAAAAAUUGAAAAAAGCCCUGACAUCACAGACAACUCUUUGGGCAAGUAUUCCUGCCGAGUCGAUGGCUUUUUCCCUGAAGGCAUCCAAGUCUCCUGGACUAUCGGGAACCACACGGUCUCUUCAUGCUGUGAGAAGACCCAGAACCACCUGGACGGCACCUUCAGUAAAGUCUGCUCCAUCCAAAUAGCAUUGAGGAAGCUUUUCUCAGGAAGCGUCUUGCAAUGUAAUGCUGGUUAUCAUGCUCAAUGUUUUCCAAAGAAAAAAGACGCUCCGCCACUAUAAGCCGGGUUUUGACCG